UGUCGGGCGGCCAUUGUUGUUAUUGCUCGGGGUCUUCAGCGAAGUGUCGGAGGAACUGUUGAGGCUUUAUUCCCUCGUGCACCGCUCUACUACACACACCCUCGUGACACCUGAGACUCCUGGCGGGGGCUCGAGAGUGAAGUGGCGAGCAGCAGAGACACUUCCAUUAGUGUGAUGCAGAAGAAACGUUCAGCAGUGUGGCGUCACUUUGCGGAGGAGGGCGAGAACAAGGUGUCGUGCCGCACCUGCCACAAGCGCCUCACCAAACACGGCAACACCUCCAUGAUGCUGCGGCACCUCCGAGGCAAGCACCCGGAGCUGAUGCACUGCCUCCUGCUGGACACUGAGGGUCCCAGCGGCCAUGAAGACACCUGGACCAUGGAUGAGCCCCAGGCGGAGGAGGUGGUGGAGUCGCUGCCGCCCAUUGAUGCCUCAGUGAAGAAGAAACGAUCAACUGUGUGGAAAUACUUUGAGGAGGAAGGCACGGACAAGGUCAGCUGCCGUAUUUGUGAUGAGAAACUGGCCAAGCACGGCAACACCUCCUCCAUGCUGCGCCACCUUCGGGGAAAGCACCCGCAGCUCAAACUCGGGGACCUGCAGGGUGACCAAUCCAAGAAAAUGAACCACCUUCACCUGAGCUCCAGCAACACUGAGAUGCGCUUCCUCUCUGUGUGUGAGCGACUCCUUCUCAACAACCAGCUGACAGACUGCACACUGGUGGCUGAGGGGCAGUUUGUGCAGGCCCACCGCCUUGUUCUCGCCACCUCAAGUGAGGUGUUUGAGGAGAUGUUCAAGACGGUGUCCCAGGCCAACCCAGUGGUGGUGCUCCGGGACAUCAGCCUUCAGGAGCUCAGGGGCCUCAUCAGCUACAUGUACAAAGGGGAGACUCUUGUAAAGUCACAUGACCUUCCUGGACUCCUCAAGGCAGCCGCUCAGCUCAAGAUUAAAGGUUUGAGUCAAGUGGGGCUGUCCGAAUCUUGGCUGGAUGACUCUCGCAACGUGACCGCCGGUGCCUCUUCCCCGCACCACCACCAUCACCACCACGUGAACCCCAAGCCUGACAUGACUUUCUACCAAGACGACCAGGAGAUGGAAGAAAUGGACGAAGACGACCCGGACAACCAAGGGCAGAAGAAAAAUGCAGCCACCAUCAACCUCAUGGCAAUGUGUGAGGAGGUGGUGCUGGACGAGGCUAGCGGUGGACUGGUGGCAGAGGGCGACGGGCGAACCCUGAAGCGCGUGCAGAUCAAGUUGGAACACGGUGUUGGAAUACCCCAGGAAGUCCCUCCGUCUGUGGACCUACCCUCACACCGCAGCCCUGACACCUUCCUCGCUGGGGCCCAAGAGGAGGCUGUGAUUCACCAUGAUGCUGAGGAGAUACAACAGCAGCAGCAACAGCAACAACAGCAGGAGAGACAGAUGAGAGAUGAUCCCCUCGCCCGUGCUGUCAAGGUUACUCAUUCUGCUUCUGGUGAUCUUGAGCAGGGCAUGCCUGGUAUUCUGACUACCAACGGUGCUGUAGUGCAGAUGGGGGGCACCACUCCCCAGCAGGGUGCUUCAUCUGUCCAGAAUGCUAUUGACAAUGAAGGCCUGAUCCUGCUUGGCUUGGCUGGGACAACUGAGAACCAGGGCAGGGUGUAUGCUGGUCCCUCCCACACCAAGCCAGACUCUCAUCCCCGCGGAACCUCCCUUAGAAGGCUCCGCAGAUACUCAAAACAAGACCUCUUGACUGCUCUUAACAUGAUCCGGGAUGGUCACCUGGGCAUUAAACCUGCUGCCCGAGCCUUCAACAUACCAGUGGCAACCUUGUACAAUGCCACCAAGAGACAUGACAUCUCCAGCCCUAUGCAGCAGGGUGCCAACAAGGACAUAUGGAGGAACAAAGGCCCGCUACUGGUUAGCACUGACGGCAUUCACGUCCAGUGUCUCCCGCCGCGCUCACCAACACUGCCUGAAACCUCCUAACUCCUCCCCAUCCCAUCCCUUCCUCCAGGCCUCUCUAUGAAGCCCAGGGGUUGCUCACUUGUGUAGUUGUGUUGCGUUGUCCAUCCUCUCGGACAGUAUAGCGCUUAAGUCCUCGGUUCUAUUGUAUGUUUAUGAUCCUCUCUGAUUUUAUUUGAAUGUUAAAUAUUGAAGAUUAGCGUGAUGUAUCCAAAAAAAAAGUUGUGCUCAUUAACUGCUUAUUUGUGCAGUUUUAAGUUAGUUUCCAUUUAGUUUUUGAUUUAUGUAAGUUUUAAGAAACUUUAUAUACUGUAUACAUAUAUAUAUAAAUAUAUAUAUAUUUGCACUACAAGACAUUACCAUUACUUGAGAGGCAUUCAAGAUGGGCAUUUUGUAAUAUGAUAAUGGUAAUGUUACUAUGGAGAGCCUUUUUGGUAGUAAGGAACAUAAUCAGAAGCCUGAAUUUACAUAUAAGUUAAGAAGAAUGUCUAUUUUUCCAAGUAGCCUUGGGUUUACUUGAUGUAUGCUUGCUGUUUUCUCUGACUAAAGUCACCAAAGAGUGGAGGACUUGAACUACCAGAUAAGUAUAAUUUGAUGAGUUAUUUCUCUAUUAAUGAAGACAAGAAUUCAUAUGAAUGUCAUGAGUUUGCAUUUGUGUUAUUUGACAUUUUGUGGGAUAAAGAAAAAGUGUACAGUGGUGUAGUCAAUGGCCAAUGUGGAGGGUAGAAUGUGCUUCUGAGUGAGAUUUAGAGGCACGACUUUAUGGAGAGAAGAGAAGGCAAAGCAUUUUCAUGGUCCUUCAAAAUUCCUCUCAUUAACUCUCUCUCUCUCUCUCUCUCUCUCUCUCUCUCUCUCUCUCUCUCUCUCUCUCUCUCUCUCUCUCUCUCUCUCUCUCUCUCUCUCUCUCUCACAUAUAGCCAGACUACAAUGCUCAAGUAUGUUAUAAUUAGUUCCUCUAGCCUUGUUAAUUGAUAGAUGGACAAUUGAGUUGAGAUAGAAUUUUUUAUCCAAACUUGUGGUAGUCAUUAGUUUUCCUUGGCAUUCACAAUUGUAUUUCUCUUAGUUUAAUAAUCUGGUGCAGGAUGGCGUAUUGUUUGCAUGGCACAUUGAGUGUGUGGUUGUCAUUUUUGGAAUCUUGUGUUGGAAAUGUCAAAAAAAUGUUUUGGAUUUCAAACAUUGAAACAGGAAAGGAAAUCACAUUAUUUAAUCUUUUUUUUCUUCUUUUUUUUUUCCUUCUUUUUUGGUGUUAUGGAUUUACAUGAAACUAAAUCACAUAUAUGAUUACUUUUGUUGGGUAGGAAAUGGUUCUAGUUUCAUUCUCAUUUUCUGUUGGUUUCAUUCUACGUUUUCUUUUUGGAGCAGACUUUGAAGGUCCGUCAUUGAGGGUCGAGUCGAGUCGUACAACAUUUUCGUUUCGCUGGUUCCAAAGUUUAACAAGUGAGGAGGUGCAGUCAUGAUCAUUGGUUCAGUAACGUACACUUAUUUCCACAGUAUGUCACUUUUCUCAACCCGGAGUCCUAUCAUUUGCUAAGAAUCCAUUGUCAAAUUUUGUUAGCAGAUCAUCAGCAUAUCAAAGGACUUAAGAUUGAGGGAAACAUCAAGAAAACUAGUGGAAAUGAAUGCAACAAAGUACUCAACUUGUGGCCAUGAGUGUACCUUCAUAUGUGUAGAGAUUCCACAAUGAACGAAUCCCCAGGAACUCUUGAUAGUAGGAUGAUAAUUACUAAUAUUUGCAGGACCUAUACACCCUGCAGUGGUAAUGUCAUUUCUCAUUGGUUUUUGUACUUGUAUGGAAGAAGAAUAGAAGUGUGACAAAAGUUCAGUACAUGUAGAGUUGAGUUCUUCAUACAUUAUUCAUUUAUGGCUUGGGUUUUUGUGCUCUUAGGUGAAGGAUGGUGUGUGUGUGUGUGUGUGUGUGUGUGUGUGUGUGUGUGUGUGUGUGUGUGUGUGUGUGUGUGUGUGUGUGUGUGUGUGUGUGUGUGUGUAUUACAAGGUUCCUCUGGUAUACAUUGUCAGCCACAGAGCCACGAGAAGAAGGUUCCCUCAAGACAGUCAAGAGAAAUAAGACGUAUGCGUGUUACUCCAAGAACAGAAAACAAACACAGCUCUUUAACUUCUCAUAUUAUGGUGCAUGUUUGUUUUCUCACAAAUAAGACUUCUCUUUCUGAAGUGAGAAAUUCUACACUCUUAGACGUUCCUCAGCAUCCUUAUUUUCUGCACCAUCAUCACUACUAUCAAAAUAAAUCUAAGUAAACAUGGACCAUUUCGUUGAGGGUGGUCCGUCGGUCGGUUAAUCUCUCGGCUAACGCGAUACAGGUGCACAGAAUAACAAUGCUGCUUUGGGGGAUGAAUGUACGUAGAUAUUCCUAUGUAACAAACAGCCCGGCUAGCCUGGCUGACUCUGCCUUAUCACAUAAACUACUCAUAGAUGUUACAAAUUUCACUCGUCUGCCGUCUCAGUCCUUUAUUUUGCAGAAUAAUGAUAUUUUUGAACGUGCCGUGUGAAAGCUGUCCUACGGCUACAGUUACAGUCAUAGCACGGAGGGUUCUGUCUGCCUAGGUAUUCGUUGCAGCAGAAGGAGGAGGUUCUGGUUGAGGUUGUAUUGGUUCUGCUUGUUGACGAUGACAUAGUAAGGUGUGUUGUUUUGUGCACUGUUUGCAAAAGAUUUUAUUCAGAUAAUUUGACGUCUUGACAUGGUUUAAUUACACUUGCAUGAUUCACAGCAAACUAGUCACUAAUCUUCCUUAUGGACAGGUGUUGUAGAGGAGGUAUUUGCAGUGUUCAUUUUCAGACUCCAUUAAAAUUAUGAGUAACUUAGUUUGGUGAAUAUAAGUAGUUUCUUAAUAUUAUUUCCAUAUGUAGUGAGGUGGCCAACAGCUGGCUGACAAAUCAAACAGGCCUGCAGUGUUCCGCCUAGGAGGAGUUUGUCAGUCAGUUGUUCACUUAUCACUAAACAUACAACUAGGAAUUAGGAAAUAAUAGUUAGCCUCCAUUUUGAAUACUUGAUAAAAAUUUGUUUGACAGACAGACAUCAGAAUGACAGCAGACGGUUACCAAUUCAUUAUUAACCUGCUUCGGAACAGAAUAUUCAUUAUUUAAACAAUAAUAUCAAAUCCAAUAAACAUUCACAUAAUGUC